GCAACGCUAGCGCACAUGCAAAUUCGUCAUUUACUUACGAUAAAAAUAAAUAUAUUAUGAAAAAAGAAUAGCGUACACAAGAGAUAAAACUAUGUGAAGAUCAUCUACAUUCUGAAUUGUAACGAACGGCGAAAACAAAACGGAAAUUGUUUUGGAACCUUUGAACCGCAUUUGACGACAAUUGGCUGAUAACAUAAUACAAAAAUAUAAAAUAAAUCACGCUCGCAGUCAUGUCCAGCAACGGAGACACAAAACAUGUGCAGGCCGCAGCCAGCGAGCCAAUAAGCCUGCCCCUAAACACAAAUGUCGGGUAUUCGCAAUCGUUGCUCGACUCAAGCGUGCUGCCAUCACCAACGCUGCAAUCGCCGGCAAUGCGUCGCAAUGUCAGCGAUGGCAAUCUGAUGGCCCAGGACGUGAAGGAGGCGCGGGUGCGUGUGAUUUACACAGGCGGCACCAUUGGCAUGAUGCGCAACGAACGUCACGUGCUGGCGCCCAUCCCCAAUGCUUUGGUGCGUCUCAUACGCAAAUAUCCAAAUAUUCACGAUGAGGAAUAUGCACAACGACGCUUUGGUGCCAGCGCUUCAAUGGCGCCUCUUGUGUUGCCCUAUGUCCAGGGCGAGGCGAGGCGUGUGCUCUACCAGGUGACGGAGUACUCGCCGCUGCUCGACUCCAGCAACAUGACCAUGCUCGAUUGGUCGCGCAUUGCCAACGAUAUAUAUCAAUCGUACGAGUUCUUUGAUGGCUUUGUAGUGCUCCACGGCACCGAUACGCUCUCGUACACCGCUUCCGCACUCAGCUUUAUGCUGGAGAAUCUGGGCAAGACGGUGAUCAUCACUGGCUCACAAUUGCCCAUCUUUGAGACACGCACUGAUGGCAAGGACAACUUUACCUCAGCCUUGAUAAUCGCUGGCAAUUACGUUAUACCCGAGGUGUGCAUUUUCUUUGGCAACAAACUGUUGCGUGGCAAUCGCACCGUUAAAGUGAGCUCCAAUUCGUUGGAUGCCUUCAAUUCACCGAAUGUCCCGCCAUUGGCACAAAUUGGCAUCAAUGUCAAUGUGGAUUAUCGGCUAAUCUUUCGGCCUUGCAGCGUCGAGCGUUUCUGUGUACAGCUGCAGCUGGACGAGAAUGUUGGCUUGUUGCGCAUCUUUCCCAGCAUUUCGUUGUCCACGUUUCGUGCAUUUUUGGCACCGCCAAUGCGUGGCGUUGUCAUGCAAUCCUUUGGCUCCGGAAAUGUGCCCUCCAAUCGCAAGGAUCUGAUCGAUGAGCUGCGCGCCGCCUCCGAACGUGGCGUCAUCAUCAUCAAUUGCACGCAGUGUCCGAAUGGCGCCGUUGCUGAGAUCUAUGACACCGGCAAGGUGCUCCACGAUGUGGGCGUCAUUCCGGGCUACGAUAUGACCCCAGAGGCGGCGCUCUCCAAAUUGGCGUACGUCAUUGGCAAGCAGGAAUGGUCGCUGGAAGUUAAGAAGCAGAUGAUGCAAUCGAAUCUGCGAGGUGAGCUGACCUCGACGACGACACCAAAGAUGCAGGAUUACGACCUAGUCGAUGCUGUGGCACGAUCGCUGCACUUGUCCUCGCCCCAGGAGCUUGAUCAACUGGGCGCCACUCUAUUUCCGGCCAUGAUCAAUGCGGCCGUUGUCGAGGGCGACAUCAAGAAGAUCAACAAUCUGAAGGCGUAUGGCGCUGAUCUUUCGGGUUCCAAUCACGAUCAUCGCACAGCCCUCCAUCUGGCCUGCCAGAUGGGGAACAUGCAGAUCGUGCGGCAUCUGCUGCACAAUGGCGUCUCGGUGCACACACGCGAUCGCUACGAUCGCACGCCAUUGCAGGAGGCGGUGGCCACUGAUAAUCAGGAGAUCAUUCAGCUGCUCAUCAGUUGUGGCGCACAUUUGACGGGCUCAUCGCGUGCCGUUGGCGAACAGUUGUGUGCCGCAGCUGCGCGUGGCUCGUUGACUCGCCUCAAAUCGUAUCAGCUGGCUGGCGCGGAUUUGGCGCUGUGUGAUCCAUCGGGACGCACGGCGUUGCAUGUGGCCGCGUUGCAUGGCUUCAAGGAACUGGUGGAGUACAUGUUGCCUUAUCUGGAGAGUGCACAGGACAAGGAUAUGCUGGGGCUGAGUGCCCAUGAUUAUGCCACACGUGGCGGGCAUUCAGAUAUCGCCGAGUUGCUCAAUCCCGUCAAGCAAGAAGACUGA